CUUUAAGAGGGCCAGUCGGGGAUCGGAGCCCAGGGACAAAGCCUGGCAGCAGAGGCAAGCCCAGCUGAAAGCUGACAAAAUGAUGGGUCGAGAGGCCCUGGCACUUGGCUGGAGCAUGGCUGGGAUCCUGGUGCUGCAGAUGUUGGUGGCAGCAGCGCCCUCCCGAUCCAGCCUGCACAGCAAGGCCGGGGUGUUCGCGGAUCUAAGUGCCAAUGAGCUGAAGGCCGUGCACAGCUUCCUUCAGUCCAAGAAGGAUCUGAAGCUGGAGUCCUCCAAGGCUUUGACCAUGGCCAAGAACUCUGUGUUCCUUGUUGAGAUGCUGCUGCCCAGGAAGCAACAGGUGCUGAAAUUUUUGGAUGGAAGUGGAAGGCGUCCUGUUCGGGAAGCCCGGGCUGUCAUCUUCUUUGGCGCCCAGGAGAAGCCCAAUAUCACUGAGUUUGCUGUGGGGCCUCUGCCACAGCCCUACUAUCUGCGAGUGCUGCCCCUCAGGCCAGGGCGCCACCGCUCCUGGGCAUCCAGACCCCUGUCCUCAGCUGAGUACAUCCUCCUGAGCCACCUCCUGCAGGAAGUCACCAAACCCCUGCAUCCAUUUUUCCUCCAUACCACAGGCUUCUCAUUCCAAGACUGUCAGGACCGGUGCCUGACCUUCACCGACACGGCCCCCCGAGGCUUGGCUUCCGGUCAGCGCAGCAGUUGGUUUAUCAUACAGCGCUAUGUAGAAGGCUACUUCUUGCACCCCACUGGGCUGGAGCUCCUUGUGAACCAUGGGAGCACAGACUCCCGAGACUGGACAGUGGAGCAGGUCUGGUACAAUGGGAAGUUCUACAGGAGCCCAGAAGAACUAGCGAGGAAGUAUAAUGACGGAGAGGUGGAUCUGGUGAUCCUGGAGGACCUACCUCUCAAGGGCAAGGAGUGUAACCACACAGAGAAGCCACCCCUCUUCUCCUCCUACAAGCCACGUGGGGCCUUCCCCACCCCCAUCACCAUGAAAAGCCCCUACGUGGUCCAGCCCCAAGGCCCCCGCUACAGACUGGAAGGCAACACUGUGCUCUACGGGGGCUGGAGCUUUGCCUUCAGAUUGCGCUCCUCCUCAGGGUUGCAGAUCCUGAACGUGAACUUCGGGGGAGAGCGUGUAGCCUAUGAGGUGAGUGUGCAAGAGGCGGUGGCGCUGUACGGAGGACACACACCUGCAGGCAUGCAGACCAACUACAUCGACGCAGGCUGGGGCUUGGGCAGCGUCAGUCAUGAGCUAGCCCCUGGCAUUGACUGCCCGGAGACUGCCACCUUCUUAGACGCUCUCCACUCCUACGAUGCCGAUGGCCCCAUCCACUAUCCCCGAGCCCUCUGCCUCUUUGAGAUGCCCACAGGGGUGCCCAUUCGGCGGCAUUUUAAUUCCAACUUCAAUGGUGGCUUCAACUUCUACGCAGGGCUGAAGGGCCAGGCACUCGUACUGCGGACAACUUCAACUGUCUACAAUUACGAUUACAUUUGGGACUUCCUCUUCUACCCCAAUGGGGUCAUGGAGGCCAAGAUGCAUGCCACCGGCUACGUGUAUGCCACCUUCUACACACCUGAGGGGCUGCGCUAUGGCACCCGCCUGCACACCCACCUCCUUGGCAACAUGCACACGCACUUGGUGCAUUACCGCGUUGACCUGGAUGUGGCAGGCACUAGGAAUAGUUUCCAGACACUGCAGAUGAAGCUGGAGAACAUCACAAACCCCUGGAACCCCAGAUACCACCUGGUCCAGCCAACCCUGAAGCAGAGGCAGUACCGCCGUGAGCGCCACGCAGCCUUUCACUUUGGUCGGACCUUGCCCAAGUACCUGCUCUUCACCAGCCCCAAGGAGAAUCCCUGGGGCCAUAAACGCAGCUACCGUGUGCAGAUCCACUCCAUGGCCCACCAGGUGCUGCCCAAGGGCUGGCAGGAGGAGCAGGCUGUCACCUGGGCCAGGUACCCCCUGGCAGUGACCAAGUACCAGGAGUCCGAGCUGUUCAGCAGCAGCAUCUACAACCAGAACGACCCCUGGGACCCCCCUGUGGUCUUUGAGGAAUUCCUUCACAACAAUGAGAAGAUUGAAAAUGAGGACUUGGUGGCCUGGGUGACAGUGGGUUUCCUACACAUCCCACACUCAGAGGAUAUUCCCAACACAGCCACGCCGGGAAACUCUGUGGGCUUCCUGCUCCGUCCCUUCAACUUCUUCCCAGAGGACCCUUCCGUGAUGUCCAGAGACACUGUGAUCGUGUGGCCUCGGGACAGCGGCCACAGCUCCGUUGAGCGUUGGAUUCCUGAGGAGCCUGGGGACUGCUGGGAGCUUCCCUCCUUUACAUACAAUGGAACCUACAGGCCUGUGUGAAGGGGCUCCAGACCCCCAAAUCGCCCUGAAGCCUGAGCUCCUCACAUACUGACAAUAAACCCCUAGGAGUCCA